AAGGGUAUAAAAAUCAUGAGUUCCACCAAAUGCAUAUCUGGAGUCAGUGUAGACUGUGAGUGUUUUACCAGUAGCCUAUUGCAUGCUUCCGUGCUGUCUGGGCUGAGAGGUGAUGAGGAAGAGAACUCGAGAGGAGAACGUCGUUAUCUGAACAAACUGAAAAACAAACACAAUAAGUCCAGUUUCAGCAGAAAUCUGUUCGUCAUGGAAGUUUCCUGGAAGGUGGUGAAAGGAGAGGGCCGGAAGCAGCUGAUGCAUCAAGGAGACCAGAAGCUGUUUCAAGUCGUCCUCCUCCUCCUCUUGGCUCCAGCGUUGAUCAGCUGCCAUGUCGCCCAAUAUCCGACUGACUGCAGCCACAUCAAUGAAAACGGAUAUAGCCACCAGAGCGGCCCCUACUCAAUCUACCCUGCAGGAGAGAACCUCAGAGUCGAAGUCAACUGUCAGAUGAGUCCAGACAAACCAGCCUGGACAGUGAUUCAGACCAGGAUGGAUGGAACCGUCAACUUCUACCGGCCCUGGAUUCAGUACAAGGUCGGCUUUGGUUCGGUGAUGGGAGAACACUGGCUCGGUCUGGACAACCUCCACUAUCUUACCUCAGGACCCACAAAGUUUGAGUUACAGGUGGACAUGGAGGACUUUGAGGGAAAUAAAGCGUCCGCGCAUUACGGGCUGUUCUCCGUCGACUCUGAGUGUACCGGAUACAAUUUGACUGUGUCUGGUUUCACAGAUAAAGGAGCAGGAGACUCCAUGAUCUCACACAAUGGCAUGAAGUUCUCCACCUUUGACAGAGACCAGGACAUGUGGCCUGAGAACUGUGCCUCAAACUUCAUGGGAGGUUUCUGGUACAACACAUGUCACCAUGCAAACCCUAAUGGGGUUUAUCGCUGGGGGCAGGAGAAGACUCCCUUUGCUACUGGAGUUAUCUGGUACUCUUGGAAAACCACCCAUGACUACUCUGUGAAGUCCAUUGUCAUGAAGGUCCGUCCUGUGCAUUAAGUAACUUUCCAGGAGCAGCAGCAGACCAGAUGUGGAUCUGUCUCAACAUCUGUCGCUUUCAUCAGUCAAAGUCAAAUCACACGUUUGAACCCUGAUGUCAAUCAUCGCCUGCUGUAUGUCCUCAAUAAAUUAGACGCAAAAAAAUCUGAUGUGACCUGAUUUCUUUGUAUCAUGUAUCUUUUCAUGUGUCGUCAUAUGUCUUAGUCAUGUGUCUUCAUGUGUAUCCAUGUGUCUCUGUCAGGCCUGGACUAGAAUGAGGACUCAGAUGCAGAGGAUUUCACGUACAGCACACACUUUAUUGUGUUCAGAUCCUCUAUGAUGAGUGACAACUUACUUGGCUAUGAAACACUUAGUAAAUAUUUCUAGGACCUGGCAAAAAAUAAACCGGUGAAGAAAACUCCCUAAAAGAUUCAAAAUAAGCACUAGGAAAAGAAGGUUUAUAAACAUAAAUCGCUCCCGAAGGAUGAUAAACAAAAGGCUCGAGUAAUAAAACAAAAGCGCUCCCGAGGGAGGAAAAACCAAGCUAUGAAAAAAGGACAAAAGAAAAGGCUCACCUAAACAGGAGGCCAAUCAAACUAACUAGAACUCACUAAACUUAAAUCGCUCCCAAAGGGAGGAAGAAGAACAGAUUACCAAAGAACACAAAACGAAGCUAAACUAGAAAAACUUUAACAAACGAAAAAUCCCUCUCAAAGAGGAUACAGAAAACAACUUACGUGGUGUAGCAAAGCUCAAGGCAAAACACGACUAUGGCUGUGGACAAGGGCUUAGGUGCACGAACAAGAACGAAACACUUCGGCACAAGACAAAGGGGAGACGCAGACUAUAAGCACAUGAGGGUGAAGGGAACAGGUGGAAACAAUCCGGAAUCAGUGACACAUGAGGAAGGGCAAGUGACCUGAAACGAGAGGAGAGUUAGGAUUUCAAAAUAAAACAGGAAGUUACGAGACAAAAACCCAAGACAAGACAGACCUCACCACGGUGUGAGAGUCUCCAUGUGUCAUCAUGUGUCUCCAUGCUUCUUCAUCUGUCUCCAUGUGUCUUCAUGUGUCUCCAUGCUUCUUCAUCUGUCUCCAUGUGUCUUCAUGUGUCUCCAUGUGUCUUCAUGUGUCUCAUGUGUCUUCAUGUGUCUCAUGUGUCUCACAGGGUCUCCAUACACUCUACGAUCCCUCCUGCACAGUUUCAGACUGUAAAUGACGUCAGUAUCCAUCACUGAUCGUACUAAACGUAAAAAUUGUGAAAUUAAACAGACAAGACUCUAUUUCGUCAGAAUCUUUAUUUGAGGAAGAUUUUGAAUCGUGAAAUUUAUCAAUAAGUUUCAUUUCAUAUGAAAACUGUCGUCACAGAUUCUCACUGAUUCAAAUUCAUGAGUGAAUAACUGAUCAAAACAAAGGUAGAAUAAGUGUCUGGAUCUUUCUUCUUCUUCCUGGUACAAAAAUAAGAUCUAAGUGCUUCAGCACUUUAAUACUGUCUCUGCUUCAGCGUGUUCAAAGCUCAGGUGUCAGCGCACGUCAUCACGUGCACAACUCUCCAGAAACAUUUCAACAGACAAACACAAGAAACAAAUCAGAAGCUGCCUCUUUUAACGCUAGAUUCAUUUUUAUCAUAAAACAUCAGGUCAAAUCAAAGAGGAAAAUAACAAAUGAAGUAAAGAACGUGAGGAAUUUAUUUCAUUGACGUGUCUGACAUAUUUUCUGCCUCGGUUUUCAAAAACGUUGUUUUAUCCCCCUGUUGGAUAGAAGGUGCAUCGCACUGUUCUGCUUUUGUUUUUACAGAAACAAGCGGUGGAUGUUUUUCACUCUGAUUGACGACUGAUGUUUGAUUUAGUUUAGUCAGCGAUAAACGUUGUGAACUGAUUUGAAAUGAGAACCUCUUGAAACAACACAAUAGAGUGAACGCAACCUUGGCUAUGUGUGAUUACUGAGUUUAACUUCUUUUUUUAUCUUUUACUUUUUGCGGCUGUUGAAAGUAUCAUUGUGAUGAGGGUGGGUCAAUACGCUGAUGAAACCAAACUUUAUCUGUGACUUUACUGCGUUCAUAUCAUUAUUCCAGAUCAUCGAGGUGGAGGUUUUGUCCAACUUGGACAACCAGGAGUACAUUUGCAUUUACCGUUUCAGAGUGCACGGGUCGCCCAGUGACGUCGAGGACGACGUUCACAUAUUUAAAGUCCAACUGAGGUUUUGAAUUGAAGCUGUGCUGCUCGGUGAUGAUUCGCUGCUACCUGUGCCUGAGCAUCCACACACUUAUAUUUAAAGAUGAUUUUGUUGAUCAAAGUCUCGACAGUGAUGGUGACCGCCCCCUUCAGGCGUGAUCCGAGUGCCGUGGCUUUCCUGUGGAGUAAUGUCACACUGACGACUUGAGUUUGACUUUUCUGUCCACAGUUAUUUUUAUAUCUGCGUUGUUUUGUAUUUGUUGUUUAUGGGUUUUUAUCUUUGACUUUGUCACAGUUUUAUAGGAUCAGCUCAUAAUUUGUAUCAACACAUGUUUUGAUUGUUCCUCGUGUUGAUGCUUGGAUAAAGAAGAAUUUUACCAUGUGGCCUCUGAGCAGAUUAAUACACUCGGAUCUUUCAGAUUUUCAGGAAAACACAUUUUGUUUUAAGUUUCAGUUACACAAAGAAAUAAUUUGUCAGUAGAAAAUGAUAUUUGUUUUACACAGAACAACCAAAGUCUCUUCAUGAGGAAACGUCAUCGUCAGUAUAAACGGGAGGACAAACAUGAUUCCUGUUUUAAGAGGACUUGAAUAAAUGUGUUUUUUUUUACUAGAAAAUAAAUGAUUGAUUUAUCUUGUCCAGAGCAACACAUGAAAACAUGACUGUUAACAACCGCUGACCUAACACAGUUCUGUUCAAAUCUGCUCCGAUGAAAGGUAUAGAGCAGAUAAAUAUCAAUAAAGAGUAUUAUACCCUG